AUGGACAUCAUCAAGCGGCUCUUCUCGCUCUUCAAGUCCAUCAAGACGGCAGUCUCCAUCCUCCGCGACCUCUCCAAUGACUGGUCCCAGGUCGUGGCCCGCAUGAAGGCGGCGCCGGGGUUCCCACCCGCCAACCCGACCCUCUCGCAGUGGCAGGACAGCCCGCCCUUCCCGGAGCUAGUCAACAUCCAGACGCCGGGCGGCCCACCGCCGACGGCCGACAUGGUCAUCAUCGGCUCGGGCAUCAGCGGCGUGGCCGUCGCCCGCACCGUGCUCCACGAGCUGCGGCGCAAGGGCAAGGACAGGGACAGGGACACGCGCGUCGUGGUCCUCGAGGCCCGCGAGCUGUGCUCGGGCGCCACGGGCCGCAACGGCGGGCACAUCAAGGCCAGCGCGCACGAGGCCUUCCACGGCAUGGUGCACAAGCAGGGGCUCGCCCCCGACCGCGCGGGCCGCCUCUGCGCCUUCAUGCUGGGCCACCUCGACGUGCUGGUCGGGCUCGCCCCCGACCGCGCGGGCCGCCUCUGCGCCUUCAUGCUGGGCCACCUCGACGUGCUGGUCGGGCUCGCGCGCGCCGAGGGCAUCGAGGGCCUGGCCGAGUGCAGGCGCGUCGAGACGGUGGACUUUGCGGUCGACGCCGAGACGGACGCCCGGAUCAAGGCGCAGGUGGACGAGUUCAGGCCGCACGCGCCCGCCGGGUUCGAGAUGGCCUCCCACACGGCGGCGCAGGCGCGCGAGCGGUUCGGCGUCAACGGGCGCGUCGCCGGCGCCGUGUCGUACCCCGCCGGCGCGCUGAGCCCGUACCGGCUCGUCACGGCGCUGUGGAGGAGGCUGCUGGAUGAGUUCCCCGGGGUGCUGGCCGUCGAGACCGGGACCACGGUGGAGGAGGUGCUGGCCGACGAGCAGGGCGCCCCGCCCUCCGCCUCCAAGCUGGAGGAGGAGGAGGCUGGCUCGUUUCCUUACGCCGUCGUCACCAGCAGGGGGAGGAUCCUCGCCCGCCACGUCGUCCACGCCACGAAUGCCCACACCUCACAGCUCGUCCCGGGGCUGAGGGGCAAGGGGACGUCGGGCCUGUGCCAUAUGACGGCCCAGAGGGCGGCCGACUACUUCCCCGACAAGGACGGCGGCCGUUCGUGGUCUGUCAUCUUCGGGCAGGGGUUCGACUACGUGACGCAGAGGCCGACGGGGGAGCUGAUGAUCGGGGGCGGCUUCUUCCAGGGCCCCAAGCAGGGCAUGGAGAUGCUGGGCGCCUACGACGACACCAGGCUCGACGCCCUGACGCUCAUGCACCUGGAGGGUGUCAUCCCUACCAUCUUCGACCCAGGCCACGACGCCAAAGGGCAGGGGCAGGGCGCACGGGUGAUCAGGGCCUGGUCCGGCGCCAUAGGCAUCGUCCCUGACAUGCGGCCGCUCGUGGGCCGGCUCGACCCGAGGAUCACGUCGAGGAAGGUCAGGCAGGGCCCGGGGGGCGACGGCAAGGUGCCGCCGGGCGAGUGGAUCUCGGCCUACUUCUGCGGCGACGGCAUGGUCUGGGCAUGGCUCUGCGGCGCCGCGCUCGGCGUCAUGCUCGCGGGCAGCGAGGACGAGGACCUGCCCGCAGAGCCCGGCCGGCCCGCGGGCAGGCUGGCGGACUGGUUCCCCCCGGAGUUGUAUGCUACCUGGGAGAGGGUGAAGGGCCUGGACGCCGUCGACCUGGCCGAUGCGCUCUGA